AUUCAAUCAACCCUUAGACGCAUAUACUAUCCUUUUUUUAAACGGAGUUUACCAGGGAGGACGCUCGCCCUUUUUAACGUCAGUCUGUCGCGAACCUUCGAAGGGAUAAAAUGGAAAAGGAUAGCAUAGAAGAACAUGGAUUUGCCAACGUCCGAAGGUCAUUCAAUUGGAGUUCAAGACUUUUAAAAUGCAUGGGAAUUUGGCCAUUGAAAAAUUACCUUCCAUUAUUUCUCUUCUUCUUCAUAUAUCUUUUCCUUCAUAUUUCUCUAACAGUCGCAAAUUUAAUUUGGUCUCCAAAAACCAUGGACAUUGUCAUAAUGAGCGUAGCAGAGAAUAUGGAACAAAUGAUGACACUUACGAAAAUAACAAUCGCUAGAAUCAAUCGAGAUGAAUUACGUAAAUUAUUCAUAGAACUCAAGGAAUAUUCAUUGACUGAGAAAUAUGAAACUAAAGAGCAGAAAUUGACAUUCGUGAAUUAUACUAAAUUACCUCCAUAUUUUAUUGUAAUAAUUGCCUUUUCAAUGUCAAUGGCCGAAUUAAUUUAUUACCUGACUCGAGUUGCCGAAGGAAUUCAAAUUGGAAAACAAAACAAUUCCAUGGGUUAUGAAUUGCCGUAUAAAACAAUCGAUAUCGUCGAUUUAAGUGACGGCAGAAUUUACGGUUUGUUGUGUGCUUAUCAAAUAAUAUUCAUACCAUGUGUCAUAUUAGGUUACGUAGGAUUCGAUUGCAUGUUCGUCAAUUUGUCUGUUCAAGUAAUUGCACAGUUCGCCAUAUUGUCGUACAAGGUGAAGACAUUAUUAAAUAAUUCUAAAAAUUAUCAUGAGGGUAUGAAGAACAUUGUACUACGACAUUAUCGAUUGAUAAGAUUGUCGGAAAAAUUGGAAGAUAUCUUUAAUUUUCCAAUUAUGCAGCUACUCUUGGGAUCCACCAUUCACAUCUGCGUUUCUGGUUACUACUUACUGAUGGGUCCAGAAAUGACGGAUAUUUUAACAUCUCUCUUAUUCGUUUUCUACAUGUUUUCCGUGACGGGGACACUUUUUGUUUAUUGUUUCAUCGGCGAAUGUUUCAUUCAGGAAAGUACAAAGUUUGGUAACGCCAUUUAUAAUUACGAAUGGUACAACUUGCCGGCAAUGGACGCGAAAUUUUUUCUCAUUUGCAUGAUAAGAACGAAGAAACCACAAUAUUUAACGUCUGGCAAAUUUGCCGUUUUAUCCUUGACCGUUUUCACAGACAUCAUCAAAACGUCGAUGGGAUAUUUAUCGGUAUUACGAACAUUUGCGUGAACAGGACAAAAGUGAAAUGGAUUACGUAGUAACAAAUUCUUUUUGUUUUUUGUUUUUUUUUUUUUUUUUUCUUAAUUCAUCUUCCUACGUAGAAAGAAUAAUGAUUUUGUUUAUAUAUCGUUGACUUGUAUUAGCGUUAUAGAAUAUAUAAAUACAAUUCUAAGA